AUCGGCGAAAUCAGCAAACGACCAAAGCUCUAUGAAGAGGGCUAUGUGGACUCAGAAGACGAAGAGGAGAUGUCGCAAAAGGAGCGUGAUUUGGCAGAGGAUGCGGAGUGGAAGAUUUUCCAAAAAAAUACUUUUACGAGAUGGGCAAAUGAACAUCUGAAGCAAGCGAAAUCAUCAGUUACUGAUAUACAAACGGAUUUUUCUGAUGGAUUGAGGCUUAUUAGCCUAGUUGAGGUUCUUUCUGGGCAGAAAUUUGCAAGAGUUAACAAACGACCUACCUUCCGAACUCAAAAAUUAGAAAACGUUACAAUGGUCCUAAAAUUUCUCGAGGAGCACGAAGGAUUAAAACUCGUGAACAUCGGUAAUUUUUAUUUGAGUAUUUCUAGCGACUUUAUAGAUAGCACGGAUAUUGUUGAUUCCCGUUUGAAGCUUAUUCUUGGUCUUAUCUGGACACUCAUCUUACACUAUUCAAUUUCAUUGCCCAUGUGGGAGGGCGAAGAGGAGUUGCCACAGGACGACAGAGGUAAAGGUCCAACAGCGAAGCAACGAAUCGUCUCAUGGGUAAACAGCAAAAUGCCUGAUUUACCUGUGAAAAAUCUCACAACUGACUGGAACAGUGGUGUUGCUAUCGGCGCUUUGGUAGAUGCCUGUGCUCCUGGUCUCUGUCCUGACUGGGAUACCUGGGGAAACCGCAAGCCGAUAGAAAACGCAACUGAAGCCAUGACCGCCGCAGAACAGUGGCUCGAAGUGCCCCAGUUAAUACGUCCAGAGGAAAUGAUUGAUCCGAAAGUUGACGAGAAGGCUAUGAUGACUUAUCUCAGUCAAUUUCCAAAUGCAAAACUUAAGGAAGGUGCUCCUCUCAGACCCAAAAUUAAUCCUGCUCGCGUUCGUGCCUAUGGGCCUGGGUUGGAACCGACCGGAAAUACAAUUGGCACUCCUGCUCGCUUCACUGUGGAGACGUUUAGUGCUGGUCGAGCUCAGCUCGAAAUUAUUGUACUUUCACCAAGCGGUGAAUCGGUUCCGUGUGAAGUCAUUAAAAAUGAAGAUAGGAAUCUAACAUAUUCCUGCGCAUAUGUGCCGAAGAAGGAGGGACAGUAUCGGGUCAUUAUUAAGUACUCAGGAAAAGAAAUUCCAAAUUCACCGUAUAUGAUACAAGUCCAGGGUGCCCCUGGCGAUCCCAAGAAGGUGAAAUUAUCGGGACCUGGAAUUGAAGCAAAUGGCGCAAAUUUUGUCGGUCGGCGAACAUUUUUCAAUGCAUUUACAGCAGAGGCUGGCGCGGGAACUUUGGCAGUUGAAAUUACGGAUCCUAUUGGACGUAAAGACACAAUUAAGCCCAGGAUUACUCGUGCCGACGAGCAGUCGCCCUACCUUAUUGAGUACACACCGAAAAUGGAGGGUGAGCAUCGGGUCACAGUCUACUUUGCUGGGCAACAGGUGCCGACUACCCCACUGCCCGUGAAAGUUGGACCACGUAAGUGUUACACUUGUAUUUUUCGAAUCUUACGUUCAACGGACCAGCCUAUUUUAUUUCAGAUCUGA